AUGAAAUUAGCCGUCUUCAGCGCAAAGUCCUACGACCGAACAUAUCUAGAAGAGGUUCGAGCCCAACGAUUCCAAGGGUACGACAUCGAGUACCAUGCAUUUGCACUAUCCGAAGAGACGGUACCUCUAGCUCAGGGCAGUGAUGCCGUCUGCGUAUUCGUGAACGAUACUCUCGAUGGGCGGGUGUUACGAGCACUUCAUGCAGGAGGCGUACGCGCGAUCUUAUUACGCUGUGCGGGGUUCAAUCACGUCGAUCUCAACACCGCCGAGGAACUGGGGCUCUUUGUUGCUAAUGUCCCUGCAUAUUCCCCUGAAGCGGUCGCAGAGUUUGCGGUCGCGUUGGUUCAAACCUUGAAUCGGAAGACGCAUCGUGCGUAUAAUCGAGUGCGUGAGGGGAACUUCAAUAUUGAGGGACUGCUAGGAACCACACUGCAUGGUCAGACGGUGGGGAUUGUGGGUGUUGGACGUAUCGGAAUGGCGACCGCGCGCAUCUUUCAUGGCUUUGGCUGUCGCUUGUUAGCUUAUGACCCUUAUGCAGGGGACGAGUUCCGACAAUAUGGAACUAUCGUGGAUCUGGAUACCCUGUUGCAGGAGAGUCAUAUUAUCAGUUUGCAUUGUCCGCUUACGGAUGGUACGCGACAUAUUAUAAACGAGGCUACCCUGCAGCGAAUGCGCCCGGGUGCGAUGCUGGUGAACACGUCUCGAGGGGGACCCGUCACCUGGGGGGGAAUCGCGUUGGAUGUCUAUGAGGCGGAGGGCGAGUUGUUCUAUAACGAUCAUUCGGGCGAGAUCAUUGAUGAUGAUGUCUUGAUGCGACUGAUGACCUUCCCCAAUGUUUUGAUAUGUGGCCACCAGGGAUUCUUCACACGUGAGGCCCUCACCGAGAUUGCUGGAGUCACUCUAUCGAACUUGUCAGCUUAUGUGGAUGGUGUAUCCUGCCCGAACUCUCUCGUCACCGAGGGACACAUUCUGGUCCGUAGAGAUACUGCACCAGUGCGAUUGUAG